CCUCGGAUUAAGAUUCAACCGACGCCACUCCACCCAAAAGUGGGCUGACUGAAGCCCUCCUCAGCCCCCACGUCCGCCAGCAAGUUCAUGGUGAUCGUGAUCUCUUCUCGUUCACAUCUCACUCUCUCCCAAAAAGAUCAACUACGCUCUACCUGAUCAUCUCUAAAAAGCUACUUGUACAGCAUUCACUAUGGCUCAAACGUUCACUCACGAAUUCAACCACGCCGGAUUCAAGGGCAAGGUCGAGGUCCCUCUUGGCUUGUUCAUCGACGGCAAAUGGACCACCUCGGUCGACAAGGGUGCCAAGACCAUUGACUCUGUCAACCCAUCUACUGGAGAAGUCAUCUGCUCGAUCCACGAAGGACUCGGAGCUGAUGUCGACGUGGCUGUUAAGGCCGCGCGAAAGGCUUUUGACACUACUUGGGGAACCAACUGCCCCGGUUUCGAGAGGGGAAAAUACCUCAUUCGAAUCGCCGAACUGAUCGAACGGGAUGUCGACAUUUUGGCCAGUCUUGAGGCUAUGGACAAUGGAAAGGCCUUCGCCAUCGCUAAGGGAUUCGAUGUCCCCCAAUCUGCCGCCGUCUUCCGUUACUAUGGAGGUUGGGCUGACAAAAUCCACGGAAAGACAAUCGAGACCUCUUCCCUCAAAUUCGCUUAUACCGCUCAUGAACCCGUCGGUGUGGCUGGACAGAUUAUCCCUUGGAACUUCCCUCUCUACAUGUUCUCCUGGAAGAUCGGACCAGCCCUCGCUGCCGGUUGCACAGUCGUCAUCAAGCCCUCUGAGCUCACGCCACUCACCGCCCUCUACAUGACCAAAUUGAUCAAGGAGGCCGGUGUUCCUGACGGUGUCAUCAACGUCGUUACUGGAUACGGUAACACUGUCGGUUCCACCAUCGCUGCUCACCCUGAAGUCGACAAGGUCGCUUUCACUGGAUCCACCGCAGUUGGCCGAAAGGUCUUGGAGGAGGCAUCCAAGAGCAACUUGAAGAAGGUCACUUUGGAACUUGGUGGAAAGGGAGCCAACAUCAUUUUCGAAGACGCUGACUUGGAAGAGGCCGUCAAGUAUGCUGCCCAGGGAUUCUUGUUCAACCACGGUCAGACAUGCUGUGCUGGAACAAGAUUGUUCGUCCACCAGAACAUUUACGACAAAUUCGCCGCUCGAUUCAAAGAAAUCACUUCCAAGACCAAGGUUGGCGACCCAUUCGACGCCAACGUCUACCAGGGUCCCCAGGUCUCCCAGACUCAGUACGACCGUAUCAUGAACCACAUCGAGUGCGGCAAGCAGGAGGGAGCCAAAGUCAUCACUGGAGGUGUCAGACACGGCAAGCAGGGAUACUUUAUCGAGCCGACCAUCUUUGGAGACGUCACCGCCAACAUGAAGAUUGUCAAGGAGGAAAUCUUUGGACCCGUCAUUGUCAUUUCCAAGUUUGAGGACGAGGACAAGGUCAUCGCCGAGGCCAACCAAUCUGAAUAUGGUCUCUCCGCUGGACUGUUCACCAAGGACAUUACCCGGGCUCACCGAGUCGCUCAGCAACUCAAAGCUGGAACCAUCUGGGUCAACUGCUUCAACGAGCUUCACCCUCAAGUUCCCUUCGGAGGAUACAAGUCUUCUGGACUGGGAAGGGAAUUGGGAGAGUACGCUUUGGAGAACUACACAGAGGUCAAGGCCGUUCACGUCAACAUGGGAAUGAAGUGUGGAUUCCCAGUGUAAAGAGGAGCAAUAGCAAGAGCAAGAGCAAGCCGAAGGAGUUGGAGAUUUCAUCAUUUGUAGUGACCGUGCGAUGAUCCUAUGCCACCCACCCUAGUCAGGAGACAUGCCAGGUCCGACAAGAUUACUUAAGCUUAAAGAGUUCGGUUUGAUCU